UAGGAGGGAUAACGUCUAAUUUUUUACAUUUGUUUACAAUUGGAAGGGUUUUGUUUGUCUGUGGAAGUGUUUUUUUUUAGUUAAUUGCAAAAUGCAGAUGUCUAAAGUGCGUGUAGUAAAUGUCGCAGCGGUGAACAAAACUUUUUUAAGAAGCACCACAUCUAUAACCAAAGAAAAUGCAGAAGCAAUCCAGAAUAUAAAACCAUGGAAAGAAAUCCCCGGGCCACCGGCUCUGCCUAUUGUAGGAUCUAUGCUAAGUUUUUUACCUGGAGGAAAGCUAUCAAGAUACAAGGGCGUUCAAUUAAAUGACAAGAUGUAUCAACUAUAUGGACCUAUAGUGAGAUUGGAAGGACUUAUGGGGGCGCUCCCAAUGGUUAUGUUGUUUGAUGCUGAUGCUGUUGAACAUGUCCUCCGAUCUGAGAACACAAUGCCAAUACGACCCGGCUUCGCUACCAUGGAAUACUAUCGUAAGAAGCACAACAAGACUCACGAUCCCAAACGACAGACUGGCCUGUUAUCCGAUCACGGUGAAAACUGGAAAGAAUUUAGAUCAAAGGUGAAUCACGUCAUGCUACAGCCGAAGACGAUCAAAUUGUACAAGGAUGUUCUAGAUGAUGUUGCCAAUGAUAUGGUUGCAAAAUUGAGAUCUGACAGAGAUGAAAACAAUAUGAUAACGAAGAAAAUAGACUUAGAAAUGAACUUAUGGGCUUUGGAGUCUAUUGGAGUGGUAGCAUUGGGGACCCGAUUAAAUUGCUUUGACCCCAAUCUACCAGCAGAUUCUCCUGCAAGGAAACUGAUAAAAAACGUACAUGAUACCUUUAAAAUUAUGGAAAAGGUUGACUUUGGACCAAGCCCUUGGAGAUUUUUUUCAACACCCAUGUUUAAAAAAGCUAUGAAAGUUUAUGAAGAACAAGAAAGUUUAACAAAUUGUUUUAUUAACCAAGCAAUAAAAAAUAUGGAAGAUUCUAAAAAGAACUCAAUUGACACUCUCAACUCAGAGAAGCCCAUUUUGGAAAAGCUACUCGAAAUUGACGUUCGAGUAGCACACAUUAUGGCAUCAGACAUGCUUAUGGCUGGAGUUGACACGGCUGCAAACACAGCACUUGCUACAUUGUACCUUCUUGCAACAAAUCCUGAUAAACAAAAUAAGCUUAGAGAAGAAGUUUUAGCCAAGGAAACUCAUAAACCUUACUUGAGGGCCUGCAUUAAGGAGUCUAUGAGGAUGCUACCUGUAGUUAAUGGGAAUGCGAGACUAGCUACUAAAGAAUACAACUUGCUGGGAUACAGGAUUCCAAAAGAUGUAAUGGUGAUAUUUUCCCACCAGUACAUGUCUAAUAUGAAGGAGCACUAUCCAAAACCUGAUGAGUUCAUACCAGAAAGAUGGCUAUCUGACAAGGAGGAUCCCCUUUAUCAUGGCAAUGCUCAUCCCUUCGUUACCAAUCCGUUCGGCUAUGGUGUGAGGAUGUGCAUAGGUCGCCGCAUUGCAGAACUAGAGAUGCAGACAUUUAUAUCUAAAGUCGUAGAGAAUUUCAAUAUUGACUGGACGGGUGGACCCAUCAACGUCACGGCCAAUUCGCUCAACUAUAUUACAGGACCCUUUCAUUUUGUAUUUAAAGACUUGUAAACAAAUAAUGAAUAAGUUUUGAUUACGAGACGGUAGUGUAAUAAUGAUACCGGUUAACCUUUGGUACGCUUAGGAGCAGAUCUGCUCCAUAUAUAUUCAACUUAAACAUGAAGUUGUCUAGAUUGCUUUAAAUAGCAAUUUUUUAACAAGAUCAUACAAAAGGUUAAGCCUGAGGACGACUUUCAUAUGGCGACACCAGAGGUCCUCAAAAAUGUGACGCAUGAGGAACGGAUGAAACUUAUAUGGCAUCAGGCGCUCAUUGACUUCAAAUUGUGUCUUGAACAAGCUGAAGAUGAAUAUUACCCAUAAUAAAAGACCAAACACUUUUAAUUUUUUAGGGUUCCGUACCCAAAGGGUAAAAACGGGACCCAAUUACUAAGACUCCGCUGUCUGUCGGACAAAAGAUAUGGCGCUCUGUGCGAAACUUGCACGGAAGAUAUGGCCGUCGUGCGGGUUUUUACUUUUUAUUAGGGUCCCGUACCCAAAGGGUAAAAGCGGGACCCUAUUACUAAGACUCCGCUGUCCGUCCGUCUGUCUGUCUGUCACCAGGCUGUAUCUCAUGAACCGUGAUAGCUAGACAGUUGAAAUUUUCACAGAUGAUGUAUGUCCGUUACCACUAUAACAACAAAUACUAAAAAGUACGGAACCUUCGGUGGGCGAGUCCGACUCGCACUUGGCCGGUUUUUCUGUUUACUUCUGUUUAAAAUGUAUCUGGUCAAAUCGCUCGGUAAUAUUAUUAGCUAUUUUAUACUGAAAUUAUACAACUGAAAAUAAAUGAAAAUCAGACGCCCGUCUGUCUGUCCGUCCGUGUCUGUCUGUUUGUCUGUCUGUCUGUCUGUCACCAGGCUGUAUCUCAUGAACCGCGAUGGCUAGACAGUUGAAAUUUUCACUGAUGAUGUAUUUCCGUUGCCGCUAUAACAACAAAAAUUAAAAACAGAAUAAAAUAAAUAUUUAAGGGGGGCUCCCAUACAACAAACGUGAUUUUUUUGCCGUUUUUUGCGUAAUGGUACGGAACCCUUCGUGCGCGAGUCCGACUCGCACUUGGCCGGUUUUUAUUUUUUAUUUUUGACGAAGCGUGUUGUGGAUACUAUUUUUGUGUGCAGCAACUAUGACGAAUUAAGCCUUCGUUCACUUCGUUGUGGAUUGAUAUUGUGUUUAAAUUGUUUUAUUUUUUUAUUAAAUUUAUGUUUGCAAAUGCCAAUCAAAAUAAAUACCCAUGUAAAUAAUGUAAAAAAAAUUGUAUUUAGUUAGAUAAUAAAAAAUUAUUUCGUACGCCAAAAGGCACAUCAUAGCUGUUCCUUAGAAUACUAAGCUAACACCUAUUUAUGUACCUGUGAUUAACGAAUAGAGAAUUGAUUGAGUGAUUG